GAGCGUCAUGUGGCUGUCAGGGCUGCACAUCCCGGAGUCCUACCUCACGGCGCUCGUCCAAGCCACCUGCAGGAAGAACGGCUGGCCGCUCGACCGCUCCACUUUAUACACCCAAGUCACCAAAUACCGGACCGCCGACGAGGUCACAGAGCGGCCAGGACAAGGGUGUUUUGUCUCCGGCCUGUACCUGGAGGGGGCCGACUGGGACCUGGACAACGGCUGCCUCACCCGCAGCAAGCCCAAAGUGCUGGUGGUGGAUUUGCCCAUCCUGAAGAUCAUCCCCAUUGAGGCCCACCGGCUCAAGCUGCAGAACACUUUCCGGACGCCAGUCUACACGACCUCCAUGCGGAGAAACGCUAUGGGAGUUGGAUUGGUAUUUGAAGCCGAUCUGUUUACCACAAGGCAUCUCUCUCACUGGGUCCUCCAAGGGGUUUGCCUCACCUUAAAUGCCGAUUGAGCCUCGGUGCAGCCAUGCCGUAGCUCCGUUAACCAAUUUUUUGGGAAAGAGGCGAAGAAAGAAGACAGUUGAAAAACCCAG